AGGAAGUGGAGACUACUGACUUUCGUUUCCCUCGAUACACUUAUUUAUAUACGCACUUUGUACAGUGGAAAGAGGAACUAACAGCUGCAGAAACUAGAAAGUUCACAGGGACACAGUUGCACUGUGUGGUUUUGUCACCCAGGUGGACAAACUUUUCAUGUCCGUGAGGAGCCCCGCGCGAGAAACAUGAUGGAGGCAGCUCAUCAAGAAGAUGUGGUAGGGGAUGUUGAUCGAUUUGUAGCACCUCCCAAUGGCGGCAUAAAUGAACUGCUGAAUGUGGGGCAAGAAGACAACACGCAGGGCCAGAUGGAGGAGUUUCUGAGCCCACAGGCAGAGUACAACGAGGAGGAGGAGGAGAGGAAAUACUACAGGAGGAAGAGGCUGGGAGUCAUCAAGAAUGUUCUUGCAGCCAGUGUUGGAGCCAUGAUUGUGUACAGUGUGUACCUGGGCCUACUGCAGAUGCAGCUGAUCCUCCAUUAUGAUAUGACCUACCGUGAGGUGAAGUACAGCAACCUUGGCCUGGAGGACAUCGACCGCAAGAUGCUGAUGGGCAUCAAUGUCACACCCAUCAUAGGCCUGCUGUACACCCCCGUACUUAUCAGGUUUCUAGGUACUAAGUGGAUGAUGUUCCUGGCUUCAGGAAUCUAUGCACUCUUUGUGUCAACCAAUUACUGGGAGAGGUACUACACCUUGGUUCCAUCAGCUGUAGCCAUCGGUGUGGCCAUUGUGCCGCUCUGGGCCUCGUUGGGAAAUUACAUCACAAGGAUGGCUCAGCAGUACUAUGAGUAUGUAAACUACAAGGAAGAGCAUGUGCAGGAGCAGAAGAAGCUUCCUAAGGGAGCGUGCCACAGCUACAUCAUUGUCUUCCAGUCAGUCUUCUCCAUCAUAUUCCAUCUGAGUUUUGUCUUUGCGGAGUUCCCCAUGCGUUUUGUCCUCAACAGCCACCUGCAAGAAGAAAAACACAUUCUCCACAAUGUCAAGGGCUGUGGAGCAAACAUCAGUGGAGUGAUCCCUGGCUUCAACACCACCGUGCUCACCAAUCUGCCUCGCUCCAUGCUGCUCAUCCAGGUGGAGAGUGUUCUCAUGGGCUUCGCCUUCCUCGCCAUGAUCAUCUUCCUUGUGCUGUGUGGUGCUGCCUACCGCCCAACAGAAGAGAUUGACCUUCGCAGUAUCGGCUGGGGAAACAUCUUCCAGCUGCCUUUUAAACACCUGAGAGACUACCGUCUACGAUUGCUCUGCCCCUUCUUCAUCUACAGUGGCUUUGAAGUGCUGUUUGCUGUCACAGGAUUCUCCCUGUCCUAUGGAGUCUGUGUUUUGGGCCUGAAAAAACUGUGGCUUCUCAUAGUCGUCUAUGGCCUCUCCUGCUCCAUCUUUUCCUCCCUCUCCCUUUGCCUCCUACGCCUCCAGCGCUGGGUGUGUCUGGCGGGGGGUGCUACUGUGCAUGGGGUGCUGCUGGUGGCUCUCCUGGCAUUGUCUCUACCUGCUAACAAGCCAGAUGUGUAUGAGGGCCCUCUGCUGGUAAUCUCUGUGCUGUGGGGACUUGGCACAGCCCUGAACAAGACAGGAGUCAGCACUCUGCUCGGUAUGCUGUACGCUGAGGAAAAAGAACGUCUGGACUUUGUCUAUACCAUCUAUCACUGGUGGCAAGCCAUCGCCAUCUUCAUAGUCUACCUGUGGUCCAACCUGCCUAUGAGGGCCAAACUCUCCAUCCUUCUGGCCACUUUGUUGCUGGCCUGCUACUGUUACUGGGUGAUGGAGCGUCGGCUGUCCAUGAAAGUGCCUUACAGACUGCCUCGCAUCCCACGGCCACGGCACAAGGUCAAAGGCUACCGCUACCUGGAAGAGGACAACUCAGAUGAGUCAGACUCAGAGAGAAGUGAGGAGGAUGACAAGGAAGAGAGGGAGGACGGAGAGCAUGUGCCGGAGGAGAUGGGAGCAGAGGACAGGGAGGAAGGAGGCCAAGACGCAGGGGUCCAGGGAGCUGACUCACCGGUAGCCAGGAGGAGAGGGGCUGAGGGUCACCACCGUAGAUGGGAGAACCCUCAUGUGAAGGAGGGAAUGAGGGAAGAGCGUGAGGGAGGGUGAGAGAGGAGAGAGAAGGAGCAAUGAGGGGAGAUAGUGGACAGAUGACGGAUAAACAGAAGAUGUCCUGGAUGCUGCUGUGCUCAUGACUCCAUUCAUAGAUUUUUUCAACAGAUACUUAUACAUAAUGUAAUUCUUACAUACUCCACUGAACAAAAGCAUUGCCCUUGCAUAAACUUUACUUUAAUUACCUGUUCAUAAUAUAAUCACAGCAGUGAUCCAAAAGAAAGGUUGCAGAACAGCCUUUAAAGGUAGCACACACACAGGACAAAACAUGACUACAACUCAGGAUACAACAACAACAUUUUGUUUUUCUUAUGCUGCACAGUAUGUGGCUCAUAUUUACCAAUCUGCCAAUAAUUACAGAGGGCAGAGCAGCUGCUGCUUCUGUGCUUUAUCAAGUAGAAAACAUAUUGUGUAACAUACAAACUAGUUUCAUUUUAAAAAGAGCACUUAUCUGGAAAGAAAGAACUGCAAGCCAGAGAAAAUGGAAUGAGGAAUUGAUUUUCUGAGUUUAUCCUCAGGGUGAAGUGUUUUGAUGGAGUCAUUUUUAGAGAGCUUGGUCUUGCUGGAUAUGAACAGUGUAAGCAGCCUUGGCUAUAUUUGUUCUUCUGUCUUUGUUUAUUUUCAACCCCUUAAUUUAUGCACAUUUCUUAGAGAAAACAACCUAGCUGGAGCUAUUAUCAGAAGCUCAGACACAUGUCUGUUAUUGUAUCUCAUGGUAGGAGUAAAACAUGCUAUUUCCUGAAGUUGAAUAUAAAUGUAUGUUUAUGUUUAAGUAUAGUUAAUUACAUUUUGGUAAACAGUGGCCUCAGGAAUAACAUGGUGACUAAUAUUUGGAGUGAUGCAUUGUUUUUCAUAAAAUCAUCUACAACACAACAAUAAACAAGAUUCAAAAAUA